CAUUUGAAAAGGCAGGUUUGGGAGCAGGGCGCUCGGAGUGCAGCAGCUGCAGGGGUUUGUGUUGCUUGGUAGCAGCUAUCUGUCAGUGUGAGACUGUCAGCCUGACUGGAUGGAUUCUAUUGGGAACUGCAGCAGCAUGGAGCCUGACUAUUACUCCCUGCUUGGCUGUGAUGAACUCUCCACGGUUGAACAGAUUCUGGCAGAGUACAAAGUGAGAGCGCUUGAAUGCCACCCAGAUAAACACCCGGGAAAUAAAAAAGCAGUGGAAGAUUUCCAGAGACUUCAGCAGGCCAAAGAAACUCUUACCAAUGAGGAAAGUCGCGCUCACUAUGAUCAGUGGCGAAGGAGCAAAAUUCUGAUUCCUUUCCCACAGUGGGAAGCGCUGCAGGAUUCUGUUAAAACUUCAAUGCACUGGGCAGUGCAGAGUAAGAAAGAGCCAAUGCUGGAGGCUCCAAAUGCCGAUCCUUUCAAGAUGCCUGAUAAGGUUUCUUCUACCUGUGAUGACAAGAAAAAUCAAAGUGAUUUGAUGGACAAAAGCCAAGAAGAUGAUGAAGUGUUGUCACCUAAGAGCCCUGAAGAAAGUGUGGACACACCCUACAACCUUCUUCGCUUCCGAUGGUCAGCAGAAGCCCCUUCCGACCUUCUUCGAAAAUUCAGGAAUUAUGACAUCUAAACACAUCUCCAAAGAUAUUUAAUACUCUCUGUUUUUCCUACUGUUCUCUCCAUAUUAUUGUGAAUAAUAUUUAUAUUUUAUCUGCAUUAUAUGUUAUAAUAAACGUUGCUAGCGUUUGCUAGUGUUGUAUUGUGUUAGCCACUAAUCAAAACAGGAUAAUGUCGAGAAAGUGAUGCCUUAAUUGGCUAAAUUAGUAGAAUAAAAUCCUUGUAUCUCUUUCACCUCUUCCUUCAGGCAUGGUAUAUAAAUAUCCAGCAAAAGUGGUCUAAAAAGUCCCCAAAACUUGUAUUUUAUAAUCUACUAAAUUAGCCACUUUCCUACAUUGUCCUGUUAUGAUAAACUUUGGUGGCAGAAACUGCUUUUGAGGAAACGACCUAUGAAAUGCUGAGUUUCUGAAAACUGUGUCUAAUAUCUUUUGUUACACUGCCUAAAAUGUUAUAUUCAAUAUAUAUGAUAUAAACAGAAGCAUAAAAUAUUUAACCAAACUAACCUAUCAAAUUAAUGCUGGGGAUAACUUUGGGGUCAUGGCAGUUACAUUUCGCAGACUUUUACCAAUUACCUUUUAAGUAAUGUUUUACCUCCGUGCUAAGCUGACACCCUUCCCACAGGUGCUCUUCCCCUCAGCUUAGCCCCUCUGCACAGAUGCUGUACCCAGAACAGGAAAUACUUGGUACAACCGUAGUUGCAUUUAGGGCUGCUUUAUGUGAAAACUUGUACAACAGCCCUAAGACUUUUAGGCCAACAAACUGCUGUGUCUUUAAUUUCAUUUUUAAUCAACCAAAUGAAUAGAAUACCAACUAUAAUAGCUUUUCUGCUGUGUUUAUAUUUGAGGUUUGGUUCCAUGUGACUGGCUUGUGCAUAUCAUGUUUGUUGUUUCUGCAACAGAAGGAUCAGGAUGGAUAAAUAAUCAGAAAGGAUGAGAUCAGCCAAAUGUUUAGAUUUGUUACUAAAGCAUAAGACUGUCCUUAUAUCAACCUAUAAUUCAUGUAAAAUAACCUGAGCAAACCCUAUAUUUGUGGUGUUUUGGAUUUUAAAUAUCCAACAGAGCCAGCCCCCUUCUGUAAGCCUGCGGGUAAGGCAUCUGUGCAGGGUGGCAUCAGCUGCAACAAGUUCACUGUGCUCACCGCUAAGCUGAGGAUGGCCAAGACCACAACUUGUGGCCAAUAUAUUUAGGUACUGAAAUGUGGCGUGUAAACAAAGCAUUUGCCCAGAAGGGGGCAUUAAGGGAUUCCCAUAACUAUAAGCACAGAAUUUCAGUUCAAUGUAAAGACCAUAAUACAAAGUUAGAAGGCAAAAUUUGUUUUUAUUUCAAAUAUCCUAAGAUCACAUGGAGCAUCGUUGAAGCUUAUUUUGGGGUUAAAAUCCCCAAAUAAGCACCAUGCCCUGUAUUAGUUGAAAAAAGGCACUCUGUCAGUUAAAAUUGUAGACUUCUUAAAUUUGUGAAACUCUUCACUGGUUACUUAAAUGUAAGGAAAGGCGAUGUCCGACCCCAUAAGCAUUAUACCUUAAGUUUCAUAUAUACAUAUCUAUUUUUCUAGGUUCAGUUUGUUGUCAUUUUUGUUAUAUAUGGAAGAUGUACUAACAUAUUAUUACUUCAUACUCUAUUUAUAAGUAAGUAUUAUUAUUAUUUAUGUUUAAAUGUUCAUUAAAAUUCUUCCAUAGAUUAUUCUGUGCAGUGAGCCUUAUACAGACUGCAACACAUACUAUCCUGUACUUAACCAUAUUAUUAAGGGUUAAAGCAUGCUGGGCUGUAGUGCAGCAAGAUGGAGUCUUAAAGUUACAGUGCUUGAUAUAUGUUUCCCCAACCCUUCAGUGCCAUUGGCUGAGUGAGUGCUAGAGAAUUCCUCAGUAAGGAUUCUGCCAGCUCUGUAUAAACCUAGAUCUCUAUUCUCUGCUUAUAGGUGUGCUGGCAGGGAUGAUCCUUUUACAUCUGUAAGUAGCUUUGGGGCAAACUAGCACGCACAGUGGCAGAAAAUUAUUAAAGGUUUACAUCCCCUUUAAAUAGUUGUUGCCCGUUUUGAUAUUCUGUAUAUCUCUGUACAGUCAUGUUGUGUGAGCAGGGAAAUCGGUGCCCUGAUGACAUGAAUGAUUCCUGUGUGGAUGACACAUGAGUAUUAGUGUUCCUACCGAAAGAAUGAUUUAUAAGGGUGAAGACACACACAUACACGGCUACUAAAACAGACAAUGCUGGUCAUUUACUGAUAACUGUCUCUAUGUGUGUUUUAGCAGAGGCAAUUCUCAGUAUUGUCUAUGGCAGGGGAUUUUCUGGAGUUUAUUCGCCGUUAAAAGUAGCUCCGUGUGUCUUUACCCUAAGAGAAUGGAACUGCCCAGCUGUGUUUGUCACCAAUGUGGUUCUGCUUCUUUUAUUCCUGGGCAAAUAAAAUGAAACCAAAAUGCAGGAACAGGCAGAUCAGUCUCUCACUGCCCUAGUGUCCCUUUGUGUUUUACCCAUUAUUAUGUGUACAUUCUACUGCUCAGUAUUGUAUUGAAGUAAAUGCUUAUUGGUAUGCAUCAUAUUGUGCAAUAAAGUCACUGAGACCAAAUA